AUGGACGACCUGAAGUUGUUCACAAAAGAUGAAAGCCAAUUACGACUAGCACUCUCAACAGUCAAGGAAUUCAUUGAUGGCAUCAGAAUGGCGUUCGGAUUUGAUAAGUGUGCUACGGCAAUAUAUAAAGGUGGCAAGCUAAUUAAGAUAGAUAAUGUAAAAUUAGACGAACAAACAUCGAUAAGAAAUCUAGAUAUUGGUGAAUUUUACAAGUACCUAGAUGUUGAAGAAAUGGACGAGAUAGAUAACAAUAAAAUGAAGACAAAAAUUUCAAAAGAGUACUACCGGCGAGUAAGGAAGAUAUUAGGUACAGAAUUAAACGCAACGAAUAAAAUAAAAGCGAUCAACACAUUAGCUGUUCCGGUCAUGACCUAUAGUUUUGGUAUUGUUGAUUGGCCAAGAAGGAAACUUGGAAAAGUUGAUUGCAAAACUAGGAAGCUUCUCACCAUAGGUGGCUUACAUCACCCAAAGGCCGAUGUGCAUAGGCUGUAUAUUAAACGACGAAAUGGUGGACGAGGGUUAAUAGAAAUUGAGUCGGCUUUCAACUCUGCCAUCACAAGUCUGAGCAACUAUAUCGCUCUUAACAGGGAUAAAAUACUUAUAGAACGAAAUAAAAUAGAAAGUUUAGAACAAAAGCGUUUGCAUGGACAAUUCUACCGAAAUCUGAAUAAACCGAGAAUCGAUCGGGAAGGAAGCACAGCAUGGUUAAGCAAUUCGGGACUUCAAGGAGAAACAGAGAGUCUCAUCAUCGCCACUCAGGAUCAAGCACUUAAGACCAGAUAUUAUCAGAAAAACAUCCUAAAACAAUCUAUAGACAGCAAAUGUAGAAUGUGCAAUAGAGCGGAAGAACAUAUCAGCCAUCUGGUAGCUGGCUGCUCAACACUUGCUCCGACAGAAUACACCUCUAGACAUAACAAGGUUGCAGCAUACAUACAUUGGAUUAUAUGCAAAGAGUUGGGUGUACAAGUGCAGGACAAUCCUAUGGGAGUGCCAAUUAUUACAGACCGAACAAUAUUAGCCAACAGGCCGGACCUGGUAUUCCAUGACAAGAAAAACAGUAUCUGCCUCCUGAUCGACGUGUCUGUUCCAGACGACAACAACAUAUCGGCGAAAGAAGUCGAGAAGAUCAGCAAGUAUAAAGAUAUUGAAAUUGAAAUCAGCAGGAUGUGGAACACGAAGACAAAAGUAGUCCCAGUAGUAAUUGGUGCACUGGGUAUGCUUACUAAAGGGCAUAGUAAUUUCAUCAAACUUAUACCUGGCCACCCAUCAACGAACGAAGUACAGAAGAUAGCUUUGCUGGGAACAGCACAUAUACUCCGAAAGUGUAUGAGAAACAUGAUCAUAUUUCCUGAGAUUGAAGAUGUAUCUUAG